GAUAUUGUGUACUUAGAUUUUGCUAGGGCUUUCGAUAAGGUACCGCAUAAACGUUUGGCUUUAAAAUUAGAAGCAAGUGGAAUCACAAGAAAUACACUCAAGUGGAUUUUUAACUGGUUACAGAUAUAUAUGGGAAAAACAAAUAGUCUGUCUGGCUCAACAAAACAGACAGAUUCUGCCGAGAUUUGA